ACACACACACACACACACACUGCUGUAGGUUACACACACGCACGCCAAAUCAACUGUAGUUUCAAUCCUUCAGUUUUCUGUGUACUAAUGACUGUUUUCACUUUAAGUUGGAGGCUCCAGACUUCUCCCUGGCAGAGGAGACCAUCAGAGACAUGGAGGAGUAUGGACAGAUGUGGUCUCUGUAUGAGAACUGGCAGGAGGGCUUCCAGGAGAAGGCCAACGAGGACUAGAUCACAUUCAGUUUAGGAGUUUGACAUCAGAGAGGUGUCAGGAAAGGAUUGGGGUUUGAUUUGAUAUUGUCAUCUCCACCUCGUUUGUCUUCACUGGCUAAUUUGUGGUUGAAUAAACAGUGUGUGUGUGUGUGUGUGUGUGUGUGUGUGUGUGUGUGUGUGUGUGUGUGUGUGUGUGUGUGUGUGUUUUGCAGGAGUAAGACCUAUGUGUUUGAGGAGUUCCUGUUUACGUGACAGGAAAGAAUGAGGAAGCUUGAGCAGCACACCAAAGUGUGUCAAAGUACAGGGAGAAGUUGACAAGGUGAGCCUGUUGGAGGUGCGUCUGUCUGAUCUAGAUGAGUACCUGGUCAGUCUGAAUGCCAUCCAGAGGCGCUGGGUCUACCUGGAGCCCGUGUUCUGACAGGGGGCUCUGCCCAGGGAACAAGCCCGUUUCAAAUAAAUCGACGGCGGACUUCAGGCACACCUGUCCCUGUGUACGGUUCAGUUUUUUCUGGUCCAUUGUCAAUGUUGUAGUGUGUGUGUGUGUGUGUGAACGUGUGUGUGUGUGAGCGUGUGUGUGUGUGAGCGUGUGUGUGUGUGUGUGUGAGCGUGUGUGUGAGCGUGUGUGUGUGUGUCAGGUCCAUUAUGGCUGACAUCCAGAGAGACAGCAUGGUGACGUCUCGGAGCUCUCAGGACGGCAUCAGAAACUCCCCCAUCACCAUCGUAGACCAGCUCCAGCGCUGCCUGAAAUCACUCAUUGGGUUUCUAGAGGAGAAGCAUUCUGCAUUGUCGUGGUUUUACCUGCUGGAGAUUCUGGGCCAGGCCACAAACGCCACUGUCAUACAGUCACACCUCAAGGAGCUGUUCACUGGCACCAACAUUGUGGACUUGUGUUCUCUAGAGGGAGAGGUGAUCCCCUCAGAGAAGCUCUCUGUCUGAGGGAGAGGCCACGGUGAUGUGGGGACCGGCUGGGGAGGAGAAGCUCUCUGUCUGAGGGAGAGGCCACGGUGAUGUGGGGACCGGCUGGGGAGGAGAAGCUCUCCGUCUGAGGGAGAGGCCACGGUGAUGUGGGGACCGGCCGGGGAGGAGAAGCUCUCCGUCUGAGGGAGAGGCCACGGUGAUGUGGGGACCGGCCGGGGAGGAGAAGCUCUCCGUCUGAGGGAGAGGCCACGGUGAUGUGGGGACCGGCUGGGGGGGAGAAGCUCUCCGUCUGAGGGAGAGGCUACGGUGAUGUGGGGACCGGCUGGGGAGGAGAAGCUCUCUGUCUGAGGGAGAGGCUACGGUGAUGUGGGGACCGGCUGGGGAGGAGAAGCUCUCCGUCUGAGGGAGAGGCUACGGUGAUGUGGGGACCGGCUGGGGAGGAGAAGCUCUCUGUCUGAGGGAGAGGCUACGGUGAUGUGGGGACCGGCUGGGGAGGAGAAGCUCUCCGACUGAGGGAGAGGCUACGGUGAUAAUACCUAAGCAUUAGAUACAGUCCUGGGGGAGACAUGACUAGGGCCAGAUCAAAGGAUCUUCUCAAUACCGUAACGGUAUUAUCAACAACCACAGCAACGAGUCUGGGCCUCCAUCUGAUCAGAAUCCUUGAACAAUAUGGGUAAAAGGGAGACAUUUUGAGACAUAGGGUCUGUGUUGGUAGUAUGGUCUGUGUUGGUAGUAUGGUCUGUGUUGGUAGUAUGGUCUGUGUUGGUAGUAUGGUCUGUGUUGGUAGUAUGGUCUGUGUUGGUAGUAGGGUCUGUGUUGGUAGUAGGGUCUGUGUUGGUAGUAGGGUCUAUGUUGGUAGUAUGGUCCCUUACAGAGUCAAGUGUGCUGAAGCUGACCCUGAACAUCGUCCAUAACAUCAGUGUGGUGAAGCAGAUGUGUGAGGUGGAGGUGAGCAGCCCUGAUGCCUGGGAUUGUAGGAAACGGCUCUGUCUCUACGUCAACAACGACAAACGCUGCUCCAUACAAAUGGUCGACACUCACUUCAGCUACACAUUCGAGUAGCAGGUACCAAAACCUCUACACAGAUACACUUCUGACUGCAGGAAACACCUCAUCUACACACAUACACGUCUAAAUGACAGUUCUGCACACUUCAGGACCAGGCAACAGUUAAUCUACAAUGCUAUACACUACAGCACCACUGGGGGGCGAUGUUCACCCAGAGAUAAGGACCCCUCUCUGAAUGACUCAAUUAGCACUGCAACACUGUGUGUGCUGCAGUCUCUCUGCAAAGUCUGCCUCAACACACUGUCAUCCUCUCUCUCUCUCCCUGUCUCUUUCCCUCUAUCCUCUCCCCUAUCUCUCCCUGGGUAAUGCGGCUAAGCUUGUCCACACCCUAAUGACUGAUAAGUGUUAUCUGACCCAGGCGAUGAUGAUGGGUUUGGGAGGAAACCCCUACAACCCUGCUGGCAUCGACAUAAAUAAAUGAUGCAUAAAUUAAGAUAGAUAAAUAGAUAAAUAAAUAAAGGGUAAAUAAAUAAAGGAUGAAUAAAUAAAUAAACGAUGGAUAAAUAAGGGAUGGAUAACUAAAUAAACACAUUAAUUAAUAAAGGAUAGAUAAAUGAAAAAAGGAUGAAUAAAUCAAGUAAAUAAAUAAAAGACAGAUGAAUGAAUGAAUGAAUGAAUGGUGUGUUGAAGGGUACAGAUGUGAAGUCAAUGGGACAUAUCUUUGUGGGGUUGCUGACGUGUGGGGCUUGGGGCUGCUUUGAUGAUUUCAACAGCCUGGAGGAGGCUGUCUAGUGUCCAUGCAGAUACAGGCCAUCCAGAACUCCCUGAAGAAGCACAGGACCAGCUGUGAACACACACACACAGUCACACUGUCAUGCUUGCACGCAGACUGGAAUUUUAAACUUGUUUCCUUUUCUCUCUGUCUGUCUGUCUGCCCACCUCUGUCUCUCCCCCCCGCCCUCCUCUGUCUCUCUCUCCCGCCCUC